UUCAGCCGCAAACACCUGGGUCACAAACCUUCACAAUGUGCCCCUACUUUGGCAUACAUGCUCUUCUUAUAGUGACUGUUACUCUGAGUCCAGCGACUGCCACAACAUGGAGUGAAAAAGAUACCACCGAAGAUGAGUAUCCCCCUCUAUGGGACCUUGCCCCUGAAAACCUGCUGGAUUUCCCAGUAAAGAACAACAAAAUUAUCAUCAAUCCUUGGAACUAUCCUGAACGUCUGGGAAUUUAUAAGAUCUUGCUAAACUCUUCAGCCAAAUAUUUUGCAUCCUUUGGAACCCAAAAUUUUGGCAAUAUUCUCUGGGGAUUACCACUGCAGCAUGGGUGGCAAUUUCGUACAGGUAGAUUAGCAGACCCUUCCCAUGUAACUUCCUGUGGCUAUGAAGAUGGAGACGCCCUGUGUGUGUCUGAAAGAAGCUGGUGGUCCUCUAUGAAUUACUACCUGGCUGUCAUACCCUUCCUGGGAGCUGUGGAUGCUGGCCUCUUUGGGCAGCUGCAGUAUCAGAUAGAAAUCUUGCCCCCAGAGGAGCGAAAGGCUGAUUUCUGCCUCAGUGUUGCUGACUGCCGGUCUCGCAUGCCCAAGCUUGUGGAUGAGUGGAAGGACUAUUUUGAAUAUCUGUUGUCUACAGACAACAAAGCCAUGAACUCUGUGGUUUUCUCCUCCUUCAACCUGGAUGAAGCCCUUGGCCUCAUGUGGAGGGCACACGUCACCAGCAUUGCUUAUGCACUGCCCAAGUUCAAGGACAGAUUAAAAUAUUUCUCCGAUCCUGAAGCAAGUUUUGGUAAAGACUGGAGUAUUGCUGUAGAUUUCAUUGCAGCCACACACUUCUCUACAGAUUUACAGAACGUAAACCACUUCCAGACUUUCCUGCCCCCAAGGAUGCUUGUCAAAGGGGAUGUCCCCCCAAACAUUAGUGACUUCAGUCCACAGCAAAACAGAGUCCUGCUUUCACUGAGAGCUCUUAACAAAGCAAAUCGAAUAUCAGGAGGAUUGCUGCUGAAGCUCUGGAAGAAGGCUAUGUCUACUGAAGAAGGAAGAAAAAUAGGCCGAACAAUGAUUGAACAGUUGAUGUCAAGCUAAAAGUUUGAUCCAGUGGGGAUACAUUAUGAUUUGGAAGGAGAAUAUUUGACAGUGCCCAGUUUCUUGAGAAAAAGCAGUUACAAUGUUGAUUGAUUUAAUCUUUUAGCAGAUAUGUGUCUGGUAAUCUGGCCUUGGUAAUUUCUUACUGCAGGGUUUCCUAAGUAGCCAUGUGUGCAUCUCUCACAUAUCGAAUCAAUAUAUUUAUCUUUAAUUUUCCUAAUUAGAUCAUUUGUUUAACUCAUUUCCUUAUAACUAAAAUGCCUUAUAGAAAAUCUUAGUUUAUUACUCUUCUGACAUUAUAAAUAAUGUAUCCUUAUUGCAGACAAAAUUAAAUAAAGGCAAAUUAUAUUCUGUUUCA